UGUGUUCACUAAAGCAUAUUAGGCAAAGAAAAAGAGGUGCUUGACUAUAGGAGACGUUCUUUUGAAACGCAGAGAAAAGCUGUGGAGAUUUAUCAAUUCUAUCUUCUUCUGUUGGACUCGGGUCAUAUUCAUAGCCAUUGGACUUCAACAAUACACGCAGUUAUAAAGAAGUUUGUGAGCCGGUAUUGGAAGCUACUGUUUAUUUACACGACAAACGUGACUUGUAUUACUCGAUAAACUCGGCUAUCGUGUGUUGUGUUUGUGACUACCCACAGAAUAUGGAGCAGGACAUGUCUAAAGCUCAGUUACAACAAACUCUCGCAGGGGUAGGGGUUUCAAACCCGGGGAUGGGGCCGCCACACCAGGCCCAUCAGGGACACCCCCAGAAUCACCAGGUUCAUACGGCACCCCACCCUCACCAGGCUCACUCCCCACCCGAGCAAACGAACAUUUCUAACGGACAGGGUGGUGGGGGCCUUACGGCUCAACAGAAGAAAGACUUAGAUAGGGUCAAACGCCCUAUGAAUGCUUUUAUGGUGUGGUCGCGAGGUCAGAGAAGGAAAAUGGCACAGGAAAACCCCAAAAUGCACAACUCUGAAAUCAGUAAGCGACUCGGUGCGGAGUGGAAACUUUUGACGGAAACAGAAAAACGUCCGUUUAUUGACGAAGCUAAGAGGCUCCGUGCUAUUCACAUGAAAGAACACCCCGAUUACAAAUACAGACCACGAAGGAAGACAAAAACUCUCAUGAAAAAGGACAAAUAC